AAAGCAGCGCCUGCAGUUGAAAAUUGAUAGCGGCAGCGAUCGGCUGAAAAUCUUAUCAUUGCUAAAAAGCUAAACAAGUUCGCCUAUUAUGUUAAUCGGAUAUAAUCUGUCGCUAUAAUAUUAAUUUCGAACUAGGGCCAGAUCAGUGAUUUCGGUUUGAUUUGGCUUUCGAAUGAUGACGUCGGUGGUGCGUUUCGGCUAACGGAUUUUAAAAUGUUUAAUUAAAACCAUAAGCAACAACAACUGUUUUAAAGUGCUAUCUGAUUCGUGUUCUGUGUGUGUAAAUGUGUCAGCAAAAACCCUGCACUAAAGUCUUAAAUAAUAAAUAACUCGAAGCGAUUGCAAAUAAUAUUUGCAACUCAAUACAAACAAAAGAGCAUUGGUGCCGAGCAACGGUUCCUUGGCGCUCUCUCCUUUCCGCCUACGCUUUCAAGUACAAGAGUAACGGUGAACCAAUGCAGGCGACAAAAGGAAUGCCGAAAAGAAGCUAGAAACACAAAGAAAACAAAAAGUGUGGUGUGCCAAAUAAUUGCAACUAAAAAUUAAUAUAUUCGCUGUUCGGAUUAAUCGGAUAUUUCGGGGUGAAGACACAAAAAACUCCGCUUCAAUGCAACUGCGUGUGCACCCUAAUAUGGACUGUCGUUCAACCAGCAAUAUUGAACGCGAUUCCGAUUUGGGAGACGAUUUGUCACAUGGUGAUCGAACAGACGACGAAAUGAGAGACUGCGACUCUGUGGAUGGAGAGCAUCAUCAGCUGAGCGCCAAGGCGGCUAUAGCGGCCCGUCUAAGUCACACAGUUUCCGGCGGAGGAGGCAACUUUGCCAGUCCCGAGCCACAGACCGAGCUGCCCCUAAGCCAUCAUCAUCAACUGCCGCCGAAUCAUCCGCUGAAUGCCCUGGGCAGCUUCAUGGGCAUCGGUGGCCUACACAGCAUUCCAAAUCUGCAGCACAGCGAUGUGCUAGAGAAGCUCAAGAUGCAGGUGCGCGACAUGAAGGUGGGACUGAUGGAACAGGAUUAUGCAGCAGCAGCUCAUGCUGCGGCCUUUGGAGCCAACAUGCUGCCCACCACCAUCAACUCGGGCUUUCCGCUGCCCCACAAUUCGGUGGCUGCUGCAGCGGCAGCUGCCUCCUUUGGCCAUGUGACCUCGGCUCCAAGUGGUGGCAAUAGCUACAAUAACGGUGGCACCACCACAACAGCCAGCUCUAAUAGUAAUCCCAGCAGCAAUGGAGGAGGAGCAGGAACAGCUGGAGGAGGAGGAGCAGCCACAGGAACCGGCGGCAGUGGCAAUGCAAGCGGAGGAGGACACCCCUUCUCUUUUGCAUCCCCAACAGCAGCGCCCAGUGGCAAAGAAGCCCGCCACUUUGCAGCCAAUUCCGCAUCGAACUCGUCGACGUCCAGCGAGGCAUCCAAUUCAUCGCAGCAGAAUAAUGGAUGGAGCUUUGAAGAGCAGUACAAACAAGUCAGACAGCUCUAUGAAAUCAACGAUGACCCCAAACGCAAAGAAUUCCUGGACGAUUUGUUUUCAUUUAUGCAAAAGCGCGGUACCCCGAUCAAUCGGCUGCCGAUCAUGGCCAAAUCGGUGCUGGAUCUGUAUGAACUGUACAAUCUAGUGAUAGCCCGCGGUGGUCUGGUGGAUGUUAUCAACAAGAAACUGUGGCAGGAGAUCAUCAAGGGACUGCAUCUGCCUUCGAGCAUCACCAGUGCCGCCUUCACCCUGCGCACCCAAUACAUGAAGUAUCUCUACCCGUACGAGUGCGAGAAGAAGAAUCUGAGCACGCCGGCAGAGCUGCAGGCGGCCAUCGAUGGCAAUCGGCGGGAAGGACGUCGCUCCAGCUACGGCCAGUACGAGGCCAUGCACAAUCAGAUGCCGCUGACGCCCAUUUCGCGACCCUCGCUUCCGGGUGGCAUGCAGCAAAUGUCGCCCCUGGCCCUGGUUACCCAUGCCGCGGUGGCCAACAAUCAGCAGGCUCAGGCUGCUGCUGCCGCCGCCGCUGCUCAUCACCGAUUGAUGGGUGCCCCGGCCUUUGGCCAAAUGCCCAACCUGGUCAAGCAGGAGAUCGAAAGCCGUAUGAUGGAAUAUUUGCAGUUGAUUCAGGCCAAGAAGGAGCAGGCCAUGCCGCCGGGCCUGGGUGCUAGCCUGCCCCAUCAGCAGCACCAGCAGCAGCAGGCACAGCACCAGCAACAGCAGCAACAAUCGCAGCAGCAGUCGCAGCAACAGCAGCAGCAACAUCACCUGCAGCAGCAACAGCAGCAGCAGCGUCAGCGCUCACAGAGCCCGGAUCUGAGCAAGCAUGAGGCGCUUAGCGCCCAGGUGGCCCUGUGGCACAUGUAUCACAACAACAACAGUCCGCCGGGAUCCGCACACACCUCCCCGCAGCAACGCGAAGCUUUGAACCUCUCCGACUCACCGCCGAAUCUCACGAAUAUCAAAAGGGAACGCGAACGGGAGCCGACGCCCGAGCCCGUGGAGCAGGACGACCUAUCCGCUGGCCAUCAACCACCGCCGGCCAAGCGCCUGGGCAGCGGCCUCCUGCCACCCGGCUUCCCUGCCAACUUCUACCUGAAUCCCCACAACAUGGCCGCAGUGGCGGCGGCAGCGGGCUUCCACCAUCAACAGGCAGCAGCGGCGGCGGCCGGUCAUCAUCACCAGCAGCAACAGGAUGCCGCCUCCGAGGGUGAGCCGGAGGACGAGUAUGGCCAUGGAGAGCACAAUACCACCGGCAACUCGUCCUCGCUACACGACGACAGCGAGACAGCUCAGCCCAUGAAUGGUCAUGGACACCACCAUCAUCAUCAUCAUCACCAGAGCCAUCAGCUGGAUAAAUCAGAUGAUUCGGCCAUUGAGAACUCGCCCAGCACUUCCACCACCACUGCCUCGGUGGGUCAUCGUCACAGCUCGCCAGUGUCCACCAAGAAGAAGAGCGGCUGUGGGUCAAAGCCACAGGAUAAGGAUCUAGCUGGGGAUAGCAAAAGCUCUAACAGCAAGCUGAAUCCUUUGGAAACGUUGAGCCUGCUCUCCGGCAUGCAGUUCCAGGUGGCCAGAAAUGGCACCAGUGAGAAUGGAGAACAGCAGCUAAUGGUCAAUCUAGAGCUGAAUGGCGUCAAGUACUCGGGUGUUCUGGUGGCCAAUGUGGCUCACUCCAACCAGAGCAUGACUAGGAACAGCUCGCCCUGCCACGAGGCUGCAGAACCCCUAAACCAGGAGGAGGAAGAGGAGCACGACGAAGAGGAAGAAGAGGAGCUGCGGAAAGUCGCUGAAGAGGAGGACGAAGCUCAUCGAUCGCCCAUUAAGCAGGAGGCAGACAAUGAACAUGGCGAUGACCAGGAUAUGGAGUCAACAGCGGCGGCUAUAAUAAAUGGAGGCGGAGGAGGAGGAGGAGGCAAUGGCUCGGCUGUGGGUGGACCAGUGGCCAUGCCCCUGGUCAGCUAGAGAGGCGAUUGAAGAGGAUACAAGGAGCACCGGCAAGGAGCAAGAGGAAUACCAAAGUUAUAUUUUUCAGAAAAAUACAAAAGAAGUUCAACUCAAACACACAGCAAGCACACACAGAUGCCGAACCAUAAAUGUACAUACACACACGCAGGCUAAACAGGAUGCGGAGGAUGUGAAGGCUGAAGAGGAUGUGAAGGAUGCUUCGCCAGGCCCGGACAAGAGGACAAGGAAAGCGCAUUAGGCCGAAAACCAGACAUCCAUCGAUGCAAGACUUGAAUGCCUGCCGCCGCCGUCGCCGCCAGCAGAAGAUCAUACAGAUAUAUACACAUAUAUAUAGUAAGGAUAUAUAUAUAUAUAUGGGAUAUAUGGGAUGCACGUGUGUGCUCCAUUUCCACAUUUACAUAAAAGACAAGCCAGCGAGCGUGUAUUUAUCGAUAGCCAUUACCUACAUAAGCGAGUGCAUCACGAUACACGUACUAUAUAUAUGAUAUAUGAUAUAUUAUAUAGUAUAUUAUAUGAUAUAUAUAAAUAUAUAUGAAUUAUAUUAAACUAGGUUAGACUUAACCCCGAAAAUCCUCUGUUUGUUUUUAGAAUGAAAUCUGUUUUUUUGUCGUCGCAGAAGCUAUCCUUAAUUUUCUCGUUUUAAACCCAAAACCCCCCUUCUGUACAUAUCAAUCAAUAUUUAGCAUAUACUAAUAUAUACUAUAUAUAUAUAAAUAAUCUGAAAUGUAAUCAUAAGAGCACACAUUCACACAUCACCGCGCACGCAUAUAUAAACAUUAUGACCACAUUGUAGACCUAUUUUAGACGUAGAGCAACCGCAGAAACACAAGUAAUAAGCAUAAAUGUAUCUGUCAUAAAAUUAAAUUGCGCUUUUGGUACACACACAUACACACAUACAAUUUCUACAACUACUCCAAAGCCAAGCGAAAAGUAGCAACAACAACAAGCACUUUGAUGAGCAUCAUAUUCUAAGCAUAAGCGUUCAAUUUAUUGAAUAAUAAAUCUAUUUAAUUUUAGUUCAAUACACAAUAA